CUCCUCGGGAUGAAGCCAGCACCGCGCGGGUCAGUCUAAACUCAGCCACUGCUUUAGUCGCAGAAAAAAAGAAAAAAGGAAAAAAAACAAAAACGUUUCAGCCCUUAUAACCUGCCACAUCUGAACCAUCUUCUCUAUUUGCGGGGAAAAACACCGUACACGCGACUGGUUUUAGUGGCACGAGCCAGGAGGCGAGCGCCGUGUGUGUGCGAGCCUUUGACGCAGGUUUUUCUCCUCAGCGCACCCCGCGUGUCAAUCUGCGAGCCGAGAGACGCCACGCAACCAGGAGCCAUGGGAAAGCAGAACAGUAAGCUGACCCCGGAGGUGAUGGAGGACCUGGUGAAGAACACAGAGUUUAACGAACACGAGCUCAAACAGUGGUACAAAGGCUUUCUGAAGGACUGCCCCAGCGGACGCCUCAACCUUGAGGAGUUCCAGCAGCUAUACGUCAAGUUCUUUCCUUACGGUGAUGCAUCUAAGUUUGCCCAGCACGCCUUCAGGACCUUCGAUAAGAACGGAGACGGGACGAUUGACUUCCGAGAGUUCAUCUGCGCUCUGUCCAUCACCUCUAGGGGGAGCUUUGAGCAGAAACUCAACUGGGCGUUCAACAUGUACGACCUGGAUGGAGAUGGCAAGAUCACGCGGGUGGAGAUGCUGGAGAUCAUCGAGGCGAUCUACAAAAUGGUGGGCACCGUGAUCAUGAUGAAGAUGAACGAGGAUGGCCUGACACCGGAGCAGCGGGUGGACAAGAUCUUCAGCAAGAUGGAUAAAAACAACGACGACCAAAUCUCACUGGAGGAGUUUAAAGAGGCGGCGAAGAGCGACCCCUCCAUCGUGCUCCUGCUCCAAUGCGACAUGCAGAAGUGAGGCCGCCAUCUUGCUGCUACCACUGUAAAUCCACACCACAACCUACGGACAGCAGCAGCGCACUCUACCGUUUUAAAUGUCUCAUUAUACUAUGAUAUAUGAUAUAGGUUCUCUGCCAUUUCCACGGGAGAAAAAAUAAUAAUAUUAACAAAAUGCUUGGACUAUUUUUCAAUGGACUCGCUUCUUGUGGUCGUAUGCAUGAGAAUGUCAAAGCUGAAAAUCAUUUUGAAUAUAGCUAAACUGUACAUAGCCCCGUUAAGUGUUGGGAAGCUAAACUGUGUGCGCAAAGUGGUUAAAAGUUAAGGAUGGUUGUUUUUGAAAGGACGAGUUAGCAUUAGGUUUCAAAUAUUUAAAUUAGCCGCCAUCAAAUCCAUGUAAGAUUCACUGUGAGUAGACAACAAGUUAGCAUUAGCAACCAAAAACUGCUACUUGUGUUAUGCUAAUCUGAACUUUAUCCAAUUAAAAAUAAAAGUGUUAGAUUUAGCUUUCAAAUAUUUCAAUUAGCUGCCAUCAAAUCCAUGUAUGAGAGACUGUGGGUAGAAAAGAAGUUAGCUUUAGCAAUCAAAAAGAUUGACAAGUGUUAUAAGUAUAGGCUAAGCUGGUGAACUGCAUAAAUGACAUUAUAUUGUAUCCAUACGACUUGCUACCAUCCAACAGGCAACAAGAACCAUUUAUAGCAGUUAGCGAAGCAUCAUAAACAUUGAGAGACACAGAACGUUAGCAUUAGCAGCCAAAAACUGCUACUUAUGUUAUGCUAAUCUGCACUUUAUCUAAUUCAAAAUGGAAGCGUUAGCGUUAGCUGUCAGAAGUUUUAGGUCUUGGCAACUUAUCCACUUAGAACGACUAUAUUUGAUAGCCUAAUGCGAGUGCCUGGGUAGAAAGAAGGCUAAGUAGUUUCAUAUAGGACGUUAAAGAAGCUUUUAUUGCUAUAUUUGCUAAUUUAUGAAUAAUAUAUGGAGGGAUUACAAUUUGAAUCAGCAAAUUAUCAUAAGUCAUUCAAAAUUGUAAUAUGCUAAGGUAGACAGAAGUCAGUUGAACAAAUAGAAGGCCCUAACUGAUACAUAUGCUUGCUUUAAUUUACUUCCUGUUAUCAUUUCAAUGCUUCCUCGUCAAAUUGCUAAAGAAAGAUGGCUACUUUUCCAAAAUGCACACACAGUUUUCUUCAUUACUGCACUAUUGGGUCUAUUAUAUCAUCCAUUUCUAUCUUUCCACAUGCCAGUGUGAAUCGUGCAGAGUACCCCUCUCCUUAGACUCUUAACUGUUCCCUUGCUUGUACAAAUCGGUGGAGCACUGCAUUUAAACUAUAGGAAUCCCUCUUUCCAAGUGUCACUGCUGCAAAACUGUUCGACUAUCGCUUUACAUUUUAGACAAGAAUUCCUAUAAUAAUUGUAACUAAUGUUUCGAUUGUCCACACGGAGAUCACUGCAUAAAACAGGAAACGCAUGGGCUGUUAAAAGAGCUUGAAUUCUGAAUAUCUGUUCUGAGUUCUGUUGGCUGUUCUAUUGAAAAUUUCUUUUUCAUUUUUAGGUCUAGAUUUUUGUUUUUUGUUUCAAGGCAAAUUGCAGUCCUUUGAAUAAGAUUUCUUUACUUAUUUUUAGUGAAAAUGUGUGGAAGAAAAACAAGUAUAAAGUAAUAUGGAUUAAAAACUAAUCAAAUGGACAGUCGACAUUACUCAAAAUAAACUCAUUAUUCAGAAUUCAAGUGUUUUAGCUCAUGCAGACUUUUCGCUUUGGCAGUGUUGCGAGUUCUCACACGGUGGAAGCCAGAUGAAGUAGGUUCUUUGCAUGCAAGUAUUAUGUGUGAAAAAAGAAUAUAAUAUUAUACCUUUUUGCAUCUUUAGGUGGGUAUAAAAGAAAAACCCUCGAAAAUGAAAUGGUUAAUUUAUUUAUUGUUGCAUGGGAUGUACAGUGUUACUUCACCCGUUCACCCUACGUAAACAUAUAUCUGUUUUUAUGUCAUGCUCAAGGCUAAUUAUAUGGGAGGAAAAACAGCUAGACACAACACGUUUUUGCCCAUUAUGGCUAUAGUAAAGUUAGCGUAGAGAUUAUGUGCAAAAAAGCUAAACUACGCUGCAAAAACACAAAGUUAAAUUGACUUAAACUUGAGAAAUCAAAAGUUCUGUUUAUAUAUUUUGAAAGCAGAAAUAUCUCAAAACAAAAUCCAAAAAUGUAGACCAACUAUUUACUAAUUCACUCUGUUUUAUGAAUAUAUAUAUUUCAUAUUUUGCAGUGUGGUCCAAAAAUAAUUACUGCCUUUUGUUACAUUUUGUUGUCAAUAAAAAGUCUUCACCAGAUAUACAGUACAAAUGUUGAGAAUUAGCUAUAGCUGGCAAAUGCGAACAAAGAUAUGCAAAUAAUAUAAGUAAUAUAAAAAUUUGAUUACUGCCAAAACUAUACAUUCCUCUUUAGUUCUCGGUGCCAUUGACCACAUGCAAUUUAAAUAAAAUGUUUGGAAUGAGAUUUAAACAUUAACAAAAUAUUUAAUACCAUUUCAACUGACAAUAUACAUACAUACAAUUCUAAUACAUAG